GCACAAGGGGCCCCUCCCGAGUCUCCCCGUCUGGCAACACUCGCCCAGCUGGUGAGGGGUCGGGGGCGGGGCCUGGCGGGCGGCGCCGCAACAGUUCAAGUUGCAACAAUUUAGCAGCAGAAUCUGGCGGCGCAGCUCAUCAACCCUCAGCGGCGCGGGGCCAGACUCACGCACAACUCUGCUUGGGGCGUUGAUUAAUUGGCUACGCCUCCCGAAGAGCUUUAGAAGUGACAGAAAUGAAGGUGAACAAGAAACUGCUGCCUUUGAAGGCCCAUUACUUUUGCUUCUUAGGAUGUGUUUCUCCAAUCCUGCCGUUCGUAGUUGUGGUGGGGCAGCAUCUUGGCAUCCCUGUCUCCGUCAUGGGUAUUGUCAUGGCAGUGUACUACGUCAUGGUGGUGUUGAUGAAGCCUGUAGUGGCUGCCCUUGCUGACACAUACCCCUCCUACAGGCGUCUCAUCUUCCUCGCUAACCUUGGAGUCAUGGUGAUCAGUUUCAGCUCCAUUUACUUUGUGCCCCCAUUGAAGGGUCUCCCGAGGGUGCAGGGCCGCCUUGUGCAGCCACAAAACAUGAGUGGACCCUCUCCUGCCACUGCCCUGGUGCCUUUGAUGGAGGAGGACAGUCUGCUUGGUGAUGGUAGUGGUGCAGGGCCAUCCUUGCUUCUGGCAGCUCCUGAUAAUGGUGGCGAGUGUUAUGUGGCUGUGGCCUGGGACUGUGUGGCUCGCUGCGGUGAGCCAUGGAGCUGCCUCAACUCCACUACCACCACCACGCCAACCAUCACCGUGACUCUCCGCUCCCAUGACCAAGAUCUCCACUUCAGGGGAGGAGAAGCAGCACCUCCCUUCCCUUCCUCACCAGAGCUAGGGCAAGAGGAACAGCUGGGUCCUCACAGGGUGUACAUGUUGGAGGGGACAGGGGUGUCAGAUGCCCUGUUCCCUGGUAACUUGAGCCUGGAGUGUGGGAGUGGGAAGUGGAAGGGUCCAGGAUGCUCAGGGGUGUGGAGUCACUGGCAGUUCUGGGUGUUUUUCCUGCUCCUCAUCAUUGGACAGAUUUGCUUCAACGUCUCCAUCUCUGUUACUGAUGCCAUCAUUGUGGACACGAUUGGUGAGGAUGGAGACUAUGGCAUUCAGCGGGCAUGGGGCACCGUGGGCUGGGGACUGAUGGGACUUAUGAGUGGGCUGCUGGUAGACUUGUGGUCAGGCACCAGUGUUACCAAGGACUACUUGCCAGCCUUCCUCCUCUGCCUUGGUCUGGGAUCUUUUGAUGUGCUCUUCUCAGCAGCCACUAUUAAGGUUCCCAAGAUGACUACAGAACACAAUGUACUUAAGAAGGUGUGGCCCAUCGUCGGACAGCCUUGUUUCUUUGUCUUCUGCAUCUUUGUCAUCUUUGGUGGGAUGUUUGAUGGGACCGUGGCCAUGUAUAUCUUCACGCUGCAGGAGAGCAUGGCAAAGGGGACCAGCACCGUGAAGUACUUGAAGUUGCUGCAAGGGUUGACCGUGUUUGUGCAGUGUAGCGUCGAAGCACCCUUCAUGUUUAUCAAUAAAUAUUUCAUGGAUGCAGUGGGGCCCCAAUACGUCCUAUCGCUGGUCUUCUUCCUCUACACAUUCCGGCUGCUGGGCCUGGCCAUGGCUGGGGCAUAUGGUCCUGUGUGGGCCACGUUGGUUGUUGAGCUACUUAAUGGGCCUUGCUAUGGUCUUGGCUACACUGCCAUUAUAAUCUAUGCAUCCAAGUUGUCUCCACCAGGCACCAGCAACACUGUUCAGGGUUUUGUUAGUAUCUGCUAUGAGACCGUAGGUUAUGGAACAGCAUCUCUCUUUGGUGGGUUGCUGUUGUCUAGCCUUGGCGGCCCUGGGAUGUACUUGGUGAUGGGCAGUGUCUCCGUUGCUGUCUUCCUCCUUCAUGUGCUAUCCCUCAAAGUGUUACCUCCACCUGAUGAAAAUAGUGAGGAAAAAAAAUCCAUUGAAAAUGAAGCAGAGGAGGAGCUGAGCCCAGACCCGGUGGCCGAGGGAGUGCAUGAGGGCAGUCCACUCGCUUUCAAGAUGGAGGGGGAGCAGGAGUGUGUCCCGAUGACUUAAGGAACACAGUGAGUCUGGUGCAUUAUGUGUACUUAGCUGAGACAGGGCAGGAUGUCGGAGAGAGGUAUACAGAGGAUGGAGGUAAGCAGUUUGCAAGUUCUGAAGAGCAGUCAACUUAAAAAUAUCGAUAGAAGAUAGAAAGCAACAUUGGGUGAAGGAGGGGGGGUAACCCCCCCACCCAAAAUACAUACUUCAUAUGAGGGAAGACAAGGCCCUUGUAUAUGGAUAGCAUCUGGGAGGAGGACAAAAUUGGUUGAGGCAAUGUAGAUUGUAGAAUGCCUAACCUCAAGGAAACUGAUUUAGCAAGAGAUAAAUAUGAAGUUUUCAGUAAAGAUUUUGAGUUAAGCUUAGGUUGAGAAUGUUUAUUGUGGAAGAAGGGGAUAGUGUUAUUGAAAAAUGAGAGAUAGUAGUUUGGGAGAUUGUGUCGAGUUAACAGGUGAAGAAAUUGUGUUUUUGAGGCAUUGAAGGACACUUAGCUCCUUCUGCUCCAUUCAAAAAUGAUAGCAAGGUUUGAGUUUAAGUAUUCUGUAGCAUGCAAUCUUGAGUCCUGUAAUUGCUGUUGAGAAAACAUUCUGUUAACACA